UGGAGCAGCAGGCAGGCAGCUGGAGAUGGUGCGGCACAAGAAACAUGGUGCUUCUGGAGGAGAACAAGCAGCUGCAGCACAGGGUGGAGGCCCUGGACCGCAAACUAGAAGAGUCCCAAGCCCAGAACUGCGAUCUGAUGCAGGUGAUAUCCAAGCGGGAGGAGACCAUCCACACCAAUCAGGUCCGUUUGGAGGACAAGUCCCGGGAAUGCACCGUCCUGACCCGCCAAUUAGAGGAGGCCCUGGAGGAAGCUCGGAGACAGGUAACUCACACCAGAGAGCGAGCUGCAUCUAAAGAGAAAUCAACCCAGUCCAAGGUUCUGGACCUGGAGGCCCAGCUGAGCAGAACCAACAGUGAGCUGGGCCAGCUACGGAGGACCAAAGAGGAGACUGACAGGCGAUACCAGAGCAGGCUCCAAGAUGUGAAGGAUCGUCUGGAGCAGUCAGACAGCACUAAUCGCAGCCUGCAAAAUUAUGUUCAAUUCCUAAAAGCCUCUUACGCCAGUGUGUUCGGUGACUCAGCACUUACCAGCUCUUUCCGCCCUCCCUCUCCUCUAUGAGAGAGACCGUCAGGGAAGGGUUUCUCUUCUCAGACACAAAACGUGCAGUUUACCAAAAUGCCGACAUGAAUGCAAACAGACACAUACAUCCCCAGGGUAUUUCCUGGGUACAAUUGCCUGUAGGAAGUUUUGGGGUUACGGUUUCUUGUGUCACCUUAAACUUCUUACUAGAGGUCCUAACUCAAAGGUUAAUAUGAUAACCGUUUUUCACAGAUAGCGUGUCUUCUUGAAGGAAGAGUGGGUUGAUUCUUGGGUUGUGGCUGUGUCAUGGUAGUCUGUAUUCCUCACUGGCUUCAUGAAUGGAUAUAACGGUGGCAAUUUACAAUGAAA